UGCAGCGCGUACAGAAAUGCGGACGUGAGAGGGCGCGUGCGAACCACGGACGGGCUCGAGCCCGUCAGCCGCUGCCUUGGGCCCCCUGCAGGCCCUGCCGCGCGCCCCGGGCCGCGUUUCGGUCCCGGUGGUGUUUGGCCCCGACCGCGCGCCGUCCGCGGCUCCUCGGUUGUCAUAGAGACUGGGUUGCGGCCCGACUUGAGGACGCUGAGGAGACCGGCGGUGACCUGGACCGGGGUUGGCGGCGACGGAAGCAGGAUGUCUUUCCGCGAGCUCCGCAGUAAGACGACUCCUUGCCCCGUGGCCCGCGCGGCUCCCUGACGUUCGGGCUCCGGAGCUGAGGGCGCGGCGCUUCCCCUUCCCGCCGAGGCCGCUGCCCAGGCCCUGUGUGACGCGGGGUGCUUCCAAAAGGCCGAAGAAAAUCAAGUUAAAAGAUGCGUUUCUUGGGGUGUCAAAAUGUUUGAAAUUCCUGCAGUUUUUUCAUAAUACACAUUUUCCACGCAGUUUUUAAAGAGCUCCUCUCCCCCCAUCUCUCGGCGGUUUGUUCGGUGAUCACAAGAUUUUACAGAGAUGAUGAGAGCGUUGGGUUACCCACGACAUAUUUCCAUGGAAAAUUUCCGCACCCCCAAUUUUGGACUCGUAUCCGAGGUGCUGCUGUGGCUUGUGAAAAGGUAUGAGCCGCAGACUGACAUCCCUUCUGACGUAGAGACCGAACAAGAUCGAGUUUUCUUCAUCAAGGCAAUUGCCCAGUUCAUGGCCACAAAGGCACAUAUAAAGCUCAACACAAAGAAGCUGUACCAGGCGGAUGGCUAUGCGGUAAAGGAGCUGCUGAAGAUCACAUCUGUCCUGUAUAAUGCCAUGAAGACCAAAGGGAUGGAGGGCUCUAAGAUGGGAGAGGAAGACAUCAGCAAGUUCAAGUUUGACCUGGGCUCCAAGGUGGCCGACCUGAAAGCAGCCAGGCAGCUUGCUUCUGAGAUCACUUCCAAAGGAGCAUCCCUGUAUGACUUGCUGGGCAAGGAGGUUGAGCUGAGGGAACUGAGAACAGAAGCCAUUGCAAGACCGCUGGAAAUCAAUGAGACUGAAAAAGUAAUGAGAAUUGCAAUAAAAGAGAUACUGGUGCAGGUUCAGAAGACAAAGGACCUGCUCAAUAAUGUGGCCUCUGAUGAAGCUAAUUUAGAAGCCAAAAUUGAAAAGAGGAAAUUAGAACUGGAAAGAAAUCGGAAGCGUCUCCAGACCCUGCAGAGCGUCAGGCCUGCCUUUAUGGAUGAGUAUGAGAAGAUUGAGGAAGAAUUGCAAAAGCAGUAUGAUAUUUAUCUCGAGAAGUUUCGAAAUUUAGCGUACCUAGAACAACAACUUGAAGAUCAUCAUAGAAUGGAGCAAGAGAGGUUUGAGGAGGCUGAGAACACCUUGCGCCUGAUGCAGAACAAGCUGAAGGAGGAGGAGAGGCGGCUGCUCAAGGCUGGAGGUAAUGAUGACUCAGACAUAGACAUCCAGGAGGACGACGAGUCCGACAGUGAGGUGGAAGAGAGGCGGCCGAGCAAGCCGCGGACGGCGAUGGAGGUGCUCAUGCAAGGACGACCCAACAAGCACAUCGUGGGCACCAUGCAGGGUGGCGACUCUGAUGACGACGAUGACUCGGAGGACAGUGAGAUUGACAUGGAAGAUGAUGAAGAAGAUGAUGAUGAUUUGGAAGAUGAGAGCAUUGUUAUGUCACCGGCUAAGCCCAGCCGAAGGGUCCGAAAGCCUGAGCCCCUGGAUGAAAGUGACAAUGACUUCUGACCCCCUUGCCAAGCACGUUACAAACUUCAGGCUUGUAGGUAAAUGGAAGAUGGGAAGGCUGGGAACUGGACGUGUAUUCUGUUCCCUAUACCAGCUGGACCUGUCACUGUUAAUGCAGUUAUUUGUUCUUGCAUUUUUGCCUCCCACAUGUGGAUUCCACAGAGUUUAAAUAAGAACUGUCCCAAACCCCAAAGCCUUGCUUUUGCCUUCUUUAUCUCCUGCCACCUGCUUAGUGCUGGCGUUCUCAGCGAUCCACA